CGGUCGAUGUCUUUGUCGUCCGCAAAAAACUAAUCGCUUCGAUUUUUGGUCUCCGUCGAAGUUACACGCGCAGGGAACCAGUCAAUUUUCCUCGUAUCUUCGGGUCUUCACUUCCAACAUUUCUUCUUCGACGAGUGUGCGUGCAUUUCAAGUCGCGGUCGAAGAAAUUUCAAGAGAAUCCGUACUGACCUCGCUCUUCUCAUGUUUCGUAGUUUGAGAUAGUGUUUUUUUUUUAAUGAAAAUGUCGAUGUUUUUUAAUAUUGGAUAAUCAGCAUUGGAGUGUAAAAUAUAGACUUUUAAAUUAGGAUAUAAAAAAAUUUAAAAAAUGGAUUUGAAGUAUGUCCUGCUAACAAUAAUCAAGAUCCUUAUAUCGACGGGACUGGUGAUACACGCACAAGGAAACUCCCUUAUGGGGGGACAUCUAGACAAUAAGAAUUAUACAGAAGAAAAUUAUGCAUACGAUUAUGACUAUACGGAUAGCUUGGAAUCAACGACAGCGAAAAUAAACCAAAGCCACAACAGUAUUCCUGCGCAAUCUGAAGAAAUUCCUGACCCUUCAGCUUUAGUCCGACCAGGAUAUAACUUACCUGAUGACAUUUUUAACGAGGGAAAACCAUUCUAUGUAGAAAAAGAUCCAUCCACGGGCAAAAUUGAUUUUAAUCAUAAGUCAACAUCAACUAAAAAUAAUGAUAGUAAUGAUGAUGACGUGGAUGAUUACGUCGAUGAUACCCCGUCAGACGAUGUUUACGAUAAAAAGAAUAUCGAUAGGAAAGAUGGAAAUAUAGAUAACUACGGAAGUCAUAGAUAUAAUGCUGUGAAUCAACUAACAACUAAUUUUCAUGAUUUUCUUAAUCUCCCGGUUAGAUACAACCCUGAAAAAUACGUUCCACCUCUAAUGUCUAGUCCUUAUGCGAGUACAAAAAUUCAAGGUAGUGUUAACAAGUACCAUAAUCAUAAAGACACGUUUGGUGUGCCAAAAACCACUACUACGAAAAGGCCUACUGCAAACCCUACGUAUUAUACAACAGGAUCGUAUUUCACACCACGUACAACACAACGAACUAUGGCUACCACUCCAGUCGCCACUACCACAACUCGGCCUACUACAAUGAAGAUUUAUCCCGAAAUAACAACAAAAUCUGUUAGUUUACUAAAUUCCGACAUGUCACAUCCCAGCUUCAAUGAAGAGUACGACUACUAUGAUAGUUCGACUGAAGUUACACAUGAAAUAAAAUCAAAUAACAAAUUAACUACGCCAGACGUAAAACAUAUUUACCUUACAUCUACAAUCACGCCCAGUACUUCAACAUCAAGGGUUUUAAGUUUAUUUGAGCAGUUGUUCGGAAGUUAUGACGAAAUGACCUCUACUGAAGAGCCUAAAACUACUAGCGCUCCCAUAAAUCCUCCUCCAAAAAUUCCUGAUAAUACAUUUAUUACGACUACACCUAAAAUCGAGAAGAUUUUGACAACAAAGAACUAUCCAAAUAUACAUGCUGGUCCACCAAGUUUACAAACAGAAGCGAGUACAGAUCUGGAUACAAAUUACGAAUAUAACGAUGAAGAUGAUUAUAACAACCCAAAAUUAACUGACAAUAUUGCUGUAGAAAAUAAUGUUCAUGCAGAAGAGACUCUAAAAGUACAGCCCUUGGAUGUCAAAUUUGAGAAAACUUCACCUAUAAAUAAUUUCCAUAACGUCCAAAAAAAUACUACUAUCAAAAUAAAAGAGCAAGUAACUACCGUUAAACCUACUAGUUCUUCAGAAUUAUAUAGCUCAAAAACAGAACCAGCGACAAUUCCUAUCUUUUUCACAUCAACAAAAGCAACGACCACUACUACCACUAUUCCCUCUACAACUACUACCACGACUACUCAAGCAACAACAUCAAGAGUAACAUCUCUACCCUUAGGUGACAACCAUAUAAACGCACCCGUACAUAGAGAUCCAAUUAUCGUAGCAACACAAAAUCUUCGAGAAAAACUCAAUAGUGAAAAGGUAAAGCAUGAAACACAUCCGCAAUUAACGGUUCAGCUUCCUUUCCCACAAAAUCAACAAAGACCGAUUAAUUCGUUGGUCCCUAGUACAAGUAAUAUUCACAUUGCACCUGAUCAAGAUACCGUUUCUUUCGUAGUAGGACAGCAUCAAAGCGUCGGAGGACCAGGUCAAUAUGUGGGUGUAGCUCUAAAAGAAAGUCCUUAUGAUGGUAAUCCAUUCAGACCCCUUUACGGCCAUGAAGCAAGCUACAGUAGUAAUUCGGAUACCAACGGACCCCAAAUAGCCUUUAAACCACAAACCCAUGAGAUAGCAGGUAGCUCGGUUACCAUUCAACCUCAUCAAAAUUCUGAAGCAUCUUUAGCUAUAGGUAUGCCUAUUAGUGGCAUUAAGCAAAUAAAAGGACAAGUAAUGGAUGAUAGUAUAGAUCAUGAUGAUAAAGUGCAGUUCCCACAAGAAAGUGUCAAUAAGAUAAUAUUUCCAGAAGAAAAUAAAAUAUUAAAACCAAACUCCAUUCCUUCAAGAUUCGAACAAAAGUUGCCUGUACCAACACCCACAAGAGAAGUACUAAAAUUACACUCCAACCCUAUAACACAUCAAUUGCCUAGUGAUUUAACCCCUCCACUUGAAAAAGAUAUAUUGCCGGUUAGAUAUGAACCAUCAGAAAGACCGGUAAGGCCUCCUUGGGAUCCACGACCCGGCCACUUUUAUAAUGGAAAACCCGAAUACGUACGACCACCCAGACCACGACCAGAAGUUGCCUACAAAAGAAUUGAUAAUCUUCCAAAUAUCUUACCUCAAUUUAGACCAAAUUUGAAACAUUAUCAUUCCCAUGGAUCCCCAUACAUAUUCGAUCAAAGAUUUAAUCGACAACCAUUAUUAGAACGGCCAUCAAAUAGGCCAAUUGGAUAUUUUGAAAAAAUGUUGCCUCCCGUUCGACCACCACCUCAUACAUAUCCUCAAAAAAAUGUAUUAAAAAAUUCUCCUCCACAAAUAGAAGAAAGAAGACCCAUCGCUUUAGCCCUCCAAAGUUUAGAUAAUCAAACUCCUAUUGCUGAAGAUAGAAUAAUGAACGAGGAUCCCAGACCAGUUGAAACACAGAACUCUCCAGAAUUAAACUUAUAUCAGACACCUCCAAAUAUACAAAUUGCAAAUAAAAGACAUUCAAUAGCAAAUGAAGAAGUAGAAACAUUGCAAAUGAUUCAAGCAAAAACUGAAAAAGAAAAAGAAAAACCCGAAAGGUUACCGAUCAAAGAAGUUGAUGGUGAAACCUUGAAAAUUCUUGCACAAGAGGCAACAAGAAAUACCACGAAUAAUAAGACCAUUUAUAGAGUAUAUCCAGUUGAGGCAGGAAUAAAUAUGGACAACAGUAAGGAUUCUGAAGGAGUUAUUGUUGGUACUAGAGGAGAAUUACCAUUACCGCCAUCAAAAAUUGAAAACGACUUUAAUUUUCAAAAUCACGACAGAAACGACGCUCCUAUUUUGAAACCUCACCCUAAGCCCCCAACUUUUCCUACAAAAUCCGAUUUUCCAUAUCCAUUAGAACGUCCAGACUCGGUUUUAGGACAUUCUAACGUACCGGAUAAUAAAUUGGACGACGGACCAGACAAUUACAAUCAAUGGAAUAAUAUUGGUGAAAACACAGAAAGCAGAAUCGUUACGGGUGGAAAAAAUAAAUACAACUCUAAUCAAAUAUCGGUAACGUUGAAAACGUACACGGAAAAACCGAUAGCUAUAGCCUACACUCCAACCGAUCCCAGCAUGAGUUCAGAUAAAUACUCGAUGCCCAAUUAUGGUAGUCCGGUUAUUCCAGAAAUUAGACCGGGUGUAAUUGAGAACAUCGAGCCAAACCUUAAAAAGAAAUACCAAGCGCCGAUCAUUGUAUCACAUCAUACGUACAGUAACCAUAAAUCAGAUGCAGACGUUGAUUCGUCAUUACCGGACCAGCAAGACUUCCAAGCUCCAUUUCAAGCCAGCGUUAACGUAGAUUCAGCAGUGAACCAGGGUUGGUCAGUCGUACGGGACCGAGGUAAACCUGCCUCCUCCGACGAUACAGAGACAACUACCAUACCUCUCGCUACAACUAGCGAGUUUGAUAUGGAAAAUUUCAAGCCUCAGUUAAUAGGAGGCUUUCAACCCUUGUACAGUUAUCCAGAGGCGGUUGAAAAGAAGCAACUCAGCAUUCCAGAAAGACAAGAAAAAUAAUAAUACAUUAAAAAUAAAUAGACUGAAAUUUAGUUGUUAAUAGAAAAAGGUGGACUAAGUGUUCAAGAGACUUACAUACCGGUGUUGUGCAUAUUUGGGGUUACAUUAUAUUACUACGAAUUUUGUUGGCUGCUCAAAUAUUUGGGCACUUCGAAAUAGGUUGAUAUUUCUUUUAUUUCAGAGAUUUUUCUAGAAUACAGGAAAAACUGUGAAGUAAACAUAAUUUUUUUAUAUAAAUAUUUAGGAUAUUAAAAAGACAUAAGACUUUAGAUUAAGUAGGAAAUAAAAAUGCAGUGCUCUAAUUUAUUUAUUUAUUUAUUGUACAAGAUAAAUUCUAAUAAAAUUAAAUAAUAAAGCAUCGCUGGAUUUUAUUAAGUUUAUGCUACCUUAGAACUAUUGUUCUAUUUGCCUACCAUAUUUAACAGAAAAAAUUUACUUUAACUAAAUCACUUACUAAUGUUUUAAUAUUGAAUUAUUCCAUUGUACUGGGUAGUAUCACUAAGAACUUUAUAUUAUUACUCUUUAUAUUAAUAAUAUAACGGAUGUCUCAUGAAUUUCCUGCUCUAAUGUAAUACCUCAACAUACAAAACAAGAUGCUUGAACGUUUCAGAGUAGCAAACGAAUGGAAAUUACAGUUAAAAUCAAUAUUACAAAGAAAAAUGAUAUUAAAUUUAAAAUGAAUUGAUGAAUAUUUUUAAUUUUAUUCAUUUUCAUGACGAAAUAUCCCCUACUUAAUCUUAAUGAGAGUUAAAAAAUCAUCCUGGGACAUUGUUCAAAAGCAGUUCUAGCUUGUGAUAUACCCGUUGAAGCAAAUUUAUUAUACAGGAUGUCCCAGAAACGAGUGCAGAUAUUUUAAGGGGUGGUAGAUCUGGUCAAAAUAAACAUAUUUUCUCUUUACCAUUUUUAAAA